CGCCGCCGCCGCCGCUCGGAGCAGGAGGCCGGAGCAGCAGGAUGCCGUUCUCCUGACGCCCAUCCCGGCAGGAUGUCGGGCCCCGGCGAGCGCUGGCCGGCGCUGGAGUCGGUGGGGCUGAGCCGCAAGGAGCUGGCGCUGGCCGAGGCGCUGCAGAUGGAGUACGACGCUUUAUCCCGGCUCCGCCAGGACAAGGAGGAGAGCCGGGCGCGGCGGGAGCGGCUCCGCCAGCGUCCCCUCGUCCCCCGGGACGAUCCCUCCGGCACCGGCGGCAUCAAAGCGGCGCGGGGGCUCUCGGGCUCCGACCCCGCGCUCAGCUGCAGCGUCCCCGAGGGUCCCCGGGCGCCGCCGGCUCCCGGCCCUUCUCCCGGGAAGGCUCCGCGGGGCGGGGAGCGCCUCUUCAUCCUCGGGGAGCCCCUCGACGCCUCCCGGCCCCGCCACGGCGCCGGCUCCCCCCAGAAAAAGCUCUCCCCGCCGCCGCUGCCCCCCCGGCAGCCGCUGUGGGGCCGAUCCGAGGGCGGCCGGGGCUCGGGGAAGGCGUCGCCGCCGUCCCCCGGGGGCCGGGGACGGCCCAGGGACGUGAACGUGUUCUCGGCGGAGCAGGAAAAGCUCCCGGAGCGCCGCAUCUCCCGGGAGGAUCCCUACGGCCUGGACGCCGUCACCUGCCUCAACCUCAAGUCCACCUACGAGCCCGAGGCGCCGCGGGAAGCUCCCCGGGGCUGGAAGGAGGGCAGGAGCAUCCUGGAGAAGGAAUCCAGUGGGAAGCCGGUGGCGCGGAGCAAGACCUUGCCCCCCCAGGUGCCCCCGCGCGCGGGCGGCCGGAGGAACCUGGCGCCCAACAGGAACCGCAGGAUCUCCGUGGAGCCCGUGGCUCCCCGGCCGCACUCCUUGGCCAACGGCUGCGAGCUCUUCGAGGUGUCUGAGGAGCGGGACGAGGAGGUGGCCGCCUUCUGUCACAUGCUGGACGUGCUGCGCUCCAGCUCCGGCAGCCAGGAUUAUCCCGGGACGGGCCUGGUGUGGAACGCCGUGAACGCGAGCCCGGAGCAGCCGGGGCACGGCGUCAGCCUGAAGGUGACGGUGGUGUGCGACAGCCUGAGGGAGCCGCUCACCUUCACCUGCGACUGCUCCUCCACCGUGGACCUGCUCAUUUACCAGGCCCUGUGCUACACCCACGACGAGCUCGGCGCCGUGGACGUCGAGGAUUUCCUGCUCAAAAUCUGCGGCCUGGAGGAAUUCCUGCAGAACAAACACGCGCUGGGCAGCCACGAGCACAUCCAGCACUGCAGGAAAUUCGACAUCGACAUCCGGCUGCAGCUGCUGCGGAGGAGCGGGGCACGAACCGAGCUGGCCCGGACGGCCAGCGAUGACCGCAGCCCCUCCACCCUCAACCACUGCAUCCACCUGCAGGAGCGGCCGAUCAAACAGACCAUCAGCAGGCAGGCCCUGAGUCUCCUCUUCGACACCUUCCACAACGAGGUGGACGCGUUCCUGGCGGCCGAGGGCGACGUCCCGCUGCGGGCCGAGCGCGUGGUGCAGGCGGUCAUGGCCAUCUGCAGCGCCCUGGCCGCCGUGGAGUCCCAGGAGAUCACCGCCGCCCUCAACCAGAUGCCGCCCUGCCCGUCGCGAAUGCAGCCCAAAAUCCAGAAGGAUCCAACUGUUCUGGCCAAGAGGGAAAAUCGAGAGCGGAUCGUGGAGAGCCUCACGGCCGCCAUCCUCAGCCUGGUGGAGCUCUACUGCAGCACCUUCAACGCGGAUUUCCAGCCGGCCGCGCCCGGGAGCCGCCGGCCGGGAGCGGCGCAGGAGGCGCGGCUGCUGCCCUGCGCCCUGGCCUUCACCGUGUACGCCACGCACCGCAUCCCCAUCACCUGGGCCGCCAGUUAUGAAGAUUUCUACCUCUCGUGCUCCCUCAGCCACGGCGGGAAGGAGCUGUGCAGCCCCCUGCUCACCAGGAAGGCCCACGUCCACAAAUACCUCUUCCACCUGAUCAUUUGGGACCAGCAGAUCUGCUUCCCGGUCCAGGUGAACCGGCUGCCCCGGGAGACGCUGCUCAGUGUCACCCUCUUCGCCGUCCCCGUGCCACCCCCCGGCGGCUCCUCGGACGCCAGCCGCCAGCGGCGGGUCCCCGAGGCCCUGGGCUGGGUCACCACCCCCCUCUUCAACUUCAGGCAGGUCCUGACCUGCGGGCGGAAGCUCCUGGGCCUGUGGCCGGCCACUCAGGACAACUCCAGGGCCAGGUCGAGCGCCCCGAACUUCAACCAACCCGACAGCGUCAUCCUGCAGAUCGAUUUCCCCACCUCGGCGUUCGAGGUGCAGUUCUCCAGCCCGCCCGCCGCCAGCCUCGGCCCCACCUACGAGUUCGGGAGCCUGGCGGAGGAGGAGCAGCGCCAGCUGCGGGAGGCCAUGCAGAAAAAGUCGCUCUACUGGCUGACGGACGCCGACCGGCAGCGGCUGUGGGAGAAGCGGUGCCACUGCCACGCGUCCCCGGGCGCGCUGCCCAUGCUGCUGGCCAGCGCCCCGAGCUGGGACUGGGGCUGCCUGCCCGACAUCUACGCCCUGCUCAGCCACUGGAGCUCCGCCAGCCACCAGGACGCCCUGGGGCUGCUGCACGCCACGUUCCCGGACCAGGAGGUGAGGAGGACGGCCGUGCGGUGGAUCGACUCCAUCUCGGACGCGGAGCUGCUGGAUUACCUGCCCCAGCUGGUCCAGGCCCUCAAGUACGAGUGCUACCUGGACAGUCCCCUGGUGCGCUUCCUGAUGAAGAGAGCCAUCUGUGACCUCAAGAUCACGCACUACUUCUUCUGGCUGCUGAAGGACGGCCUCAAGGACUCGCAGUUCAGCAUCCGGUACCAGUACCUGCUGGCCGCGCUGCUGUGCUGCUGCGGGAAGGGGCUGCGCGAGGAGUUCGACCGGCAGUGCCUGCUGGUCAGCACGCUGGCCAGGCUGGCGCAGCAGGUGCGGGACGCCGCCCCGUCCGCCCGCCAGGGAAUCCUGCGCGAGGGGCUGGAGGACGUGGCGCAGUUCUUCCAGGCCCACGGCUCGUGCCGGCUGCCGCUGAGCCCCAGCCUGCUGGUCAAGGGCAUCGUGCCCCGGGACUGCUCCUACUUCAACUCCAACGCCGUCCCGCUGAAGCUCUCCUUCCAGAACGUGGAUCCGCUCGGGGAGAACAUCCGCGUCAUCUUCAAGUGUGGCGAUGACCUGCGGCAGGACAUGCUGACGCUGCAGAUGAUCCGCAUCAUGAACAAGAUCUGGGUGCAGGAGGGGCUGGACAUGCGCAUGGUCAUCUUCCGCUGCUUCUCCACCGGCCGCGGGCGAGGCAUGGUGGAGAUGAUCCCCAACGCCGAGACCCUGCGGAAGAUCCAGGUGGAGCACGGCGUGACCGGCUCCUUCAAGGACCGGCCGCUGGCGGACUGGCUGCAGAAACACAACCCCAAGGAGGACGAGUACGAGAAGGCCGUGGAAAACUUCAUCUACUCCUGCGCCGGCUGCUGCGUGGCCACCUACGUGCUGGGCAUCUGCGACAGGCACAACGACAACAUCAUGCUCAAGACCACGGGCCACAUGUUCCACAUCGAUUUCGGCAGGUUCCUGGGCCACGCCCAGAUGUUCGGCAACAUCAAGAGGGACCGGGCGCCCUUCGUCUUCACCUCGGACAUGGCGUACGUCAUCAACGGCGGGGACAAGCCCUCCAGCCGCUUCCACGACUUCGUGGACCUGUGCUGCCAGGCCUACAACCUGAUCCGCAAGCACACCCACCUCUUCCUCAACCUGCUGGGGCUGAUGCUGUCCUGCGGCAUCCCCGAGCUCUCCGACCUGGAGGACCUCAAGUACGUCUACGACGCGCUGAGGCCGCAGGACUCCGACGCCGACGCCACCACCUACUUCACCAGGUUGAUCGAGUCCAGCCUGGGCAGCGUGGCCACCAAGCUCAACUUCUUCAUCCACAACCUGGCGCAGAUGAAGUUUGCGGGCUCGGAGGCGCGGCCGGCGCUGUCCUUCGCCCCCCGCGCGCACAGCCUCAAAACGUCCGGCCGGAUCCGCGACGUCUUCCUGUGCCGCCACGAGAGGGUCUUCAACCCCAGCAAGGGCUACACCUACGUGGUGAAGGUGCAGCGUGACGGCGAGGUGACCUUCGUGCAGCGCACCUUCGAGGAGUUCCAGGAGCUGCACAACAAACUGCGCCUCCUCUUCCCUUCCUCGCUGCUGCCCAGCUUCCCCAGCAGGUUCGUCAUCGGGCGCUCGCGGGGCGAGGCGGCGGCCGAGCGGCGCAAGGACGAGCUCAACGGCUACGUCUGGCACCUGAUCCACGCCGCCCCCGAGGUGGCAGAGUGUGACCUCGUCUACACCUUCUUCCACCCCCUGCCCCGCGACGAGAAGGCGGCCGGAAGCAACCCGGCCCCGAAGGCGGCAGACUCCACGUGGGCUCGGUCCCUGGGCAGGGUCGGCGGGGAGGUGAAGCUCUCCAUCUCCUACAAGAACAGCAAGCUCUUCAUCAUGGUGAUGCACAUCCGAGGGCUGCCGCCCCUGCACGACGGCAACGACCCCGACCCCUACGUCAAGACCUACCUGCUGCCCGACCCGCAGAAAACCACCAAGAGGAAAACCAAAGUGGCCCGAAAAACCUGCAACCCCACCUACAACGAGAUGCUGGUGUACGACGGGAUCCCCCGCGGGGACCUGGAGCAGCGGGAGCUGCGGCUGAGCGUGCUGAGCGAGGAAGGGUUUUGGGAGAACAUCCUGCUGGGAGAGGUGGGGAUUCGCCUCCGCGACCUGGACCUGGCGCAGGAGAAGAUGGGCUGGUUCGCCCUGGGCUCCCGCGGCCACGGCACGCUGUGAGCCCCCGCGGGGACCCCCGGGCGCGGACCCCCCCCCCCGGAAUUGCGCUCGCUGCCCCGGGUGGAUUCUUGGUUUUGGGUUUUUUUUGAGUUUACCUUGUGUCAA